CCUUCAAUGACAUCUGCCACAAUCGUUUUACCAGGCCAACCAAUCUCACUUCCUCGCGCGGCACCCAUCCCUCAACUGGGCAGUGGACUAUACUCGAGAGAUUCUGAAAUACGCGCUAGUCUUGUUGGAAUACCCCAGCAGAACGGACCAAUCCUUUCUAUACCGCGUGUCCGAGCGAGACCACCAGCAGUGAACUCGAUUGUGCUGGGUACAAUCACUCGUCUAGCACCACUGCAAGCAACACUGUCGAUUACUGUCGUUGAUGGGAUACCACUUCCUGUUGGUGAAGAGUUCACAGGAGUUAUUCGAACCCAAGAUGUUCGAGCAACAGAACGUGACCGAGUCAAGAUCGCAGAGUCGUUUCGUGGAGGAGAUGUGGUACGGGCAGUUGUCAUUUCUCUCGGUGACGCCCGCAGUUAUUUCGUUUCGACCGCCAGAAACAACCUGGGAGUAGUUUUCGCUACCAGUGAGACGGGUGGAACGACGCUAGUGCCGCUGAACUGGCAGGAGAUGCAGGAUCCAGUCACUAUGAAAAUCGAAAAACGCAAAGUGGCAAAGCCAGAAUCGUAG